ACGUAAUGUUGUGCGUGCUGUUCGUUUGCUCACGAAUUGGUACGCUAUAAUAUUUGUGAGAUCGUUCGGAGGGAAUUAAACGGCAACGAGGGGCGAUGCGCGGGUCUGCAUCCGGCCGUUCCUAAUUUCGGUGUCGCGCCCAUCGCGAAGUUUAUCGAAAGCCUCAAACGACGUACAGCACGCGUGAUGCAGCUGAUCCCUUCGCUAUAACCUGUUCAUUCUGGAAUUUGCACUCUCUCGUAGGUGCUGCAAUAUUCCGAUGAAACUUCAACGAACUGUCCGAGUUCCUUUUGUGACCUUUGAUUGACUUUUAGAGGGACAGAAUGUCACAAUCAAGCGGUUACCAGUAUCCACUAUAUGUAGAACCCAAUAAUGCUUUGAAGAAUAAUCCAUCACCUAUGGUGAAUGGUCAGAGUUCCAUACCUCAACAGAAUGGUAUGCAGUCCCCUCAUUUCAAUCUAACUGGUACACCAUCAUCACAAUCCUCGCGCGAUCCAUCCAGAGAAACCUCCAGAGAUCCAUCACCAACUCAAUAUCUUCACAACCAGUAUCGGCCUCAGUUACCUCGACCGCCAAUGCCACCAAUAACUGGAUCACAGAGCUCCGGUGUAUUGCCUCCGCCACCUAGAACGUCGCAGCCACUCAGUUCCAUUAACCCUUAUGGUGUACACAGCCAGUACGCUACCAGUGGCCAGAACAUCGGCACGUCCUCAGCUGCCUUUAUGCCCCAACCUAGCCAGGAAAUUCACCAUAGACCUAUGAUUCCUCCGAAUCAGAUGCCUCCAAAUCAGAUACCUCCAUUGGCGAGAAACCUCGGGGCUGAAUCUGAAGCUUCGACACCUGCGGAUACUGUUAAAUCGGAAUUUGUUAAAGUGAACCAAAGUUACCAAUGGGCGACCAAUUCCCCGUCAAGCAACAUUCCGCAAGGCACUAUAGGCGUUCCUGGUGUUUCCAGUAGCGUCGAUAAGACUAGUCAAGUCUCUACAGAUCAAACAACAGGCAGCCAGUCGCCUUUUACUAGAGUAAAUCAGCCCUUGGCAUAUGAUCAGAGUCAUCCCAUUUCUUCAGCCCCAUCCAGCAUUAGUUUACCUCCUCCAAACGUCAGUCAACAUUUGAACCAAGACAGUAACAUGCAGCAGGAUCCGCAGGCUUCCAAUGUGCAAUCAUCAAGGACUUGGAAUGUUCAGGCACAAUCGCCUAUUGAUCCUUCCGAAAGCGCAAUUAGUCCACAACUCAGAUAUGGAAGCCAGCAAAGCAUAUUCAGCGCGUCAUCGACAUCUCACAUGAGUUCUAGCGUUCAGAACUUGUUCUCCGCAAGUAGUUUACAGCAAGCACAUAAUAUGGCUGUACGAAAUCCGCAGGAUUAUUGUCCUCAGCCUUUGAAGCCUCUGCCUCAGUCCCAGCAGCAUCAGCCUCUGCCUCAGUCCCAGCAUCAGCCUCUGCUCCAAUCUCAGCAUCAGUCUCAACCCCUGCCUCAGUCUCAGCCUCUGCCCCAGUCUCAGCCUCUGUCCCAGUCUCAGCCUCUGCCCCAGUCUCAGCCUCUGCUCCAGUCUCAGCCUCUGCCCCAGUCUCAACUUCAACCUCAGCCUCUGCAAAAUCUACUUACUGGCCAAAUGGACCCCAUGGGACUGGGAGGUGUUCCUCAAGGUCCGAAUGUAUAUCAAAAUUUAGCUGGUCAGAGAAAGUAUCCGCAACAGGACACUGCCAAUACCGCGAUGCCACCUCCAAGGGCUACUGUGCCCUCUUCAGGAAUUAAUCAAUUACACGCGAGACCACCAUCGUCAAGGAUGCUUCCAGGACAUCAGAUGUAUGAUACUCGUUUGCACUAUCCCGGCCCGAUGACGAAUGUUCCAUUAGACUCAUUAAAUAGAAGAUACCCUAAUACGUAUCCUGACCAAUUAAACCAAUUAAACAAUCAGAUGAGCAAUCUGAACGUGACACAGAGCGGCUAUGACCAAUUAUGGGGUUCGGUAGCGGUAGAUCUCUUACAGAGCAGAAAUAUACUGCCGCCUAAAAGAGUCGAGCCGCCAAAGAUUAAGUUACAACAGGAAUUGUUAGACACCGCAAAUUGUAGUCCCGAAAUAUUCAGAUGCACGCUGACGAAGGUCCCAGAUACGAACAUGCUCCUGCAGAAGUCUAGAUUGCCAUUCGGUGUGCUAAUACAUCCAUUUAAAGAUUUAAAUCAGCAUUUGCCGGUGAUUCAGUGUAAUACGAUUGUGCGUUGUCGAGCUUGCAGAACAUACAUCAACCCCUUCGUAAUUUUCAUCGAUAUGAAGAGAUGGAAGUGCAAUCUCUGCUUCAGGCUGAACGAACUACCCGAAGAAUUCCAAUAUGAUCCUGUAACGAAAUCGUAUGGCGAGCCAGCGCGACGGCCGGAAGCCAAGAACGGCACGAUCGAGUUUAUUGCGCCAAGCGAGUAUAUGCUCCGUCCACCUCAGCCCGCGGUCUACCUGUUCGUCGUAGACGUGUCUCGUCUCGCGAUAGAAAGCGGCUACUUGCAGAUCGUCUGCAACACGAUCACCGACGAGCUGUCGCGUCUACCCGGCGACAGUCGCACUCAGAUCGGUUUCCUCGCCGUCGACUCAGCCUUACACUUCUUCAGCAUGCCCGACAACGUCUCGCAGCCGCACGAAAUGAUCAUGCUGGACAUCGACGACGUGUUUCUGCCGUGCCCCGAGAACCUGAUUGUGAAUCUGAAGGAGCGCGAGGAGCUCGUUCGCGACCUCCUCGCCCAGUUGCCCGUCAAGUUCCACGGCACACACGACACCAGCUGCGCCCUCGGCGCCGCUCUUCAAGCCGCCUAUAAGCUACUUUUCGCGACCGGAGGGCGCGUCACAGUUUUCCAGACCUGUCUGCCUAAUUAUGGCCCAGGCGCUUUGCAGUCGCGAGAGGACCCCAACGCUCGAGCGGGCAAAGACGUGCCGCAUCUCAAUCCGGCGACAGACUUCUAUAAGAGAUUCGCCCUGGAUUGCAGCGGACAGCAAAUUGCGAUCGACAUGUUUCUGUUGAACAGUCAAUACAGCGACCUGGCAACUUUGUCGUGCAUGUCGAAGUUCACGGGUGGCUGCAUCUUCCACGUGCCGUUGUUUCGAGCUUCAAAGCCGCAGAGCGCGGAGACGUUGGAGAGAAUGCUUCGCCGGUACCUGACGAGAAAAAUUGGCUUCGAGGCGGUAAUGAGGAUUCGUUGUACUCGCGGGCUCAGCAUCCAAGCUUUCCACGGCAGCUUUUUCGUCCGGUCGACCGAUCUUCUCUGUUUGCCAAACAUCAACCCGGAUGCGGGCUUCGGCAUGCAAAUCGCUAUCGAGGAGAACCUUUCCGAUCUGCAGAGUGUGUGCUUCCAAGCAGCUCUACUCUACACUUCGAGCAAAGGCGAACGAAGAAUCAGAGUGCACACUCUAUGCUUGCCGAUCGUGAAAAAUUUAUCAGACAUUUUACAUGCCGCGGAUCAACAAUGUAUAAUAGGCCUUUUGUCGAAAAUGGCUGUUGAUCGGUCGCUUCAAUCAUCCUUGUCGGACGCCAGAGACGCAUUGAUAAACGUCGCCAUCGAUGUCCUAUCCACGUACAAAUUGUUACAAUCCAGCGGUACUGGGAGACUUUUGGCGCCGGAAAGCUUAAAGUUGUUGCCGUUAUACAUCAUCGCCUUGCUGAAAAGCCUGGCGUUCAGAUCCGGCACCAGCACGCGCUUGGACGAUCGCGUGUUCGCUAUGUUCCAAUUGAAAACACUACCGUUGGCGCAACUGAUGCAAAUGGUUUACCCCGACCUGUACCCGGUGCACGCACUCGACGACCGCAACGCUAAAGACGUCGACGGUAAGAUCUGCCCGCAACCACCGCGACUUCAUCUAUCCGCGGAACGACUCGACGCUCGGGGUGUUUUCCUCCUGGAUGCCGGCGACAAAAUCUACAUUUACAUCGGCAAGAACAUUAAUCCGGUAUUCUGUUCCGCUGUAUUCGGGGUCCCGGCAUUUGCUUCUAUCCCGGAGGAACUGUAUGAACUGCCGGAACUGGACACGAUGGAGAACGAACGGUUGCGACAUUUUAUAUUCAGUUUGCAAGAGGAGAAAUCGUUCUCAGUACCUAUACAAAUCAUCAGGGAGGACAGCCAUUUCAGAACACUAUUUGUCGAACGACUAAUAGAAGACCGAUUCGAGACGGCGCUCAGUUAUUACGAGUUCUUGCAACAUCUCAAGAUACAGGUGAAAGAGUGACCGAUCUGAUUCCAUUGGGAGUCAUUGGAUUCAUGAAUCACAGAAUCACAUUGCAAUGUGAUUAAGAAUAAUGCGCGAUUCCAUUAUCGAUCGGUCGUGGGUUCAUACGAGAAAUAUCGGACGAGUGGUUCAAGAACUAUUUUGCCAUACGCAGCAGUGAUAGCCUUACCGACAGACACUGACGCAUUUAAAUAUGGUAGAUUGUAAUUAUUGUUAUUAUUAAUACUAUUAUUACGAUUGUUUACCAUCGAUAUCGCUGAUACACGGAUUCGCGUUCUCUCGUUGCGCGCGCAUCCACAAUGGGAUAAAUAUGUAUAACUUCUUUGUACACGCUUGUGCUCGUCCAGUAAACGAUAGUCUAUUUUUUACAAUUUCGUGCUAUAUUCGUAGCACUUUUAAUUCGCGCGAUUUUUACCUGAGCAGUGAUAGAAUUUUUUUUUCGUUGAUCCGUUGAGAUAGAAUAUCGAUAUGACGAAUAAACUUGUUUCCGUUCUCACACGGAAUGUUUUUUUAAAACUAUUUUGUUUCGUUAUUCUACAAUCCUUUUCGCGAUUUACGAAAAAAAGAAGCGCGAAAGUUGUCUAUCCCUAUCUUAUUUAUUUCGUUACGAAAAAUAUUAUCUACAAAACGUUAUUUAGGAAAUGUUACUUAUAAAAUAUUAUUUACAAACUAUUAGAGGGUAAUUAGAUCAAUGCGGAUGUUCUGCGGAUGUUUUGGUAUAAAAGUAGCAAUGAUAAAAUUGUUUGCUGGGCGAGUGUCGCGAGGCGGAAACAUUUCACGGUGAUAAGCAAUGCACACUUGCAAAUUAAUCACCUGCAGGCAAUAAAGAGGGCAAAACAGCUGGAAAGUUCUUAUUCAAAGUGAUUAAUUCUACAUUAAUUCGCUCGACAAUGUGACGCGCUAAAUGGCAAUGUGUAAAAUUCGACUUUCGCAGCGAGCAAAGUCACGAAAUAUUUCAACGAUGAUUUUUCGAACGGUCGACGAAAGUUGCACAGUUGCAAUUGAAUUACUUAAAUAAUUAAUUGUACACAGGGAGGAGGAAGGGAUGGAGGUGGUGAAGGAGGAUGAUUUCGCGAUAAUGUAAAAUAUUGAUAAUAAAUUUUCGAGACGGUUCGCCUGUAAA